GCGCUCGUAUUCUUCCGCAGAGGGCUUGCGCUUUUUUCUUUUGAGGGGGAGGGGGAUUGAAACAAACAUGCCUCCACGGCUGAGCGAGCGCCGCUAAAAUUCAUCCGGAAAGCCACUCGGUUCGUGAGUGUCCCGGUGGUUUGUUCUUUGCGAGGGGAAGACGGUGUUUUGCGGGGGUUAAACCGUGUGCCCCGCGCUAAUUGUCGCUUCGCGGAGGAAUACUCGACGCAGCCGGGACUUCGUGUAGAGCCGAGCUGAAUGGAGGCAGCCUCUUCCUGGUGGAUAAACAGUGACAGCUACAGGGCAGCCACCUAGACCCUCCACACAGGCUCUGGCGCUGCCCUGGCAAACAACACCAAAAUGGCUUCAGACAGUACACACAUCGCGCAGUUGACUUCUGAACUGUACUUCCUAAUAGCCCGAUUUCUAGAAGCUGGACCGUGUCAAAAAGCAGCCGAGACCCUGAUAAGGGAGGUGGAGGAGAAGGAGCUGCUACCCAAAAGGCUGGACUGGACAGGGCUGGAACACCCCGGGACGUACGAAAAUUUGGUGAAGCUAUACCGACACAUCAGUGCAGACCACCUGCUGCAGGUCUGCUCAAGAGUUUGUCCACUGCUGGAAAGGGAGGUCCCUGCCAGCGUGCCUGGACUCACGAGCCUGUUGGGGGCCGGCAGGCAGAAUCUCCUUCGCACCAGCAAGAGUUGCAAGCAUGUCGUGUGGAAGGGCUCAGCGCUGGCUGCGCUACACUGUGGGCGACCACCGGAGCCGCCUAUUAUUUAUGGGAGCCCACCUAAUAUUGUUGAGACGGGCUUCGGCCGCCGACUGAACGGCUCUUACCGCCUCCGGCAGCUGGUGCCCACAGCUGUGUACCAGCACAUGAAGAUGCACAAGAGGAUCCUGGGACACCUGUCGUCCGUGUACUGCGUCACAUUCGACAGGACGGGACGACGCAUCUUCACGGGCUCAGACGACUGCCUCGUUAAGAUCUGGGGAACAGAUGACGGGCGCCUGCUGGCGACGCUACGCGGCCACGCCGCUGAGAUCUCCGACAUGGCCGUCAGCUAUGAGAACACCAUGAUCGCUGCGGGGUCUUGUGACAAGACUAUCAGAGUGUGGUGCUUACAGACCUGUGCCCCUUUGGCCGUCCUCGAGGGACAUGCUGCCUCUAUCACUUCACUCCAGUUUUCUCCUCUGUGUUGCGGCUCCAAGCGCUACCUGUCCUCUACCGGCGCUGACGGCACCAUCUGCUUCUGGCAGUGGGAUGCACGCACGCUCAAGUUUGGUCAGAGGCCCAGCAAAUUCACAGAGCGUUCCAGACCUGGCGUCCAGAUGAUCUGCUCCUCCUUCAGUGCAGGUGGUAUGUUCCUGGCCACAGGAAGCACGGAUCACAUCAUCAGGGUGUACUACUUCGGGUCAGGCCAACCAGAGAAGAUCUCUGAGCUUGAGUCCCAUACAGACAAAGUUGACAGCAUCCAAUUUUCACAUUGCAGUGACAGGUUUGUAAGCGGCAGCAGGGAUGGUACAGCACGAAUCUGGCAGCUGCAGCCUCAGGGCUGGAGGAGCAUUCUGCUGGACAUGCAGACCAAAUUACCCGGGAAGUACAACCCACCUCCGCUAGAAGACAAGGUGACCAAGCUGAAGGUUACCAUGGUAGCAUGGGAUCGCCAUGACGGCACAGUGAUCACAGCGGCCAACAAUCUGACGCUGAAGGUGUGGAACUCCACCACCGGAAACCUCGUCCACGUCCUCAUGGGUCAUGAGGACGAGGUGUUUGUUCUGGAGCCACAUCCCUUUGAUCCAAGAAUCCUUUUCUCAGCGGGGCAUGAUGGGAAUUGUGUCGUGUGGGACCUGGCCAGAGGGGUCAAGAUCCGCUCUUAUUUCAAUAUGAUCGAGGGCCAAGGGCACGGAGCAUUGUUUGACUGCAAAUGUAGUCCAGAUGGGCAGCAUUUUGCAGCCACUGACUCCCAUGGACACCUACUCAUCUUUGGCUUUGGCUCCAGCAGCAAGUAUGACAAGAUAGCGGACCAGAUGUUCUUCCAUACCGACUACCGACCACUGAUCCGGGAUGCCAACAAUUACGUGUUGGACGAGCAGACUCAGCAGGCGCCGCACCUAAUGCCCCCUCCCUUCCUGGUGGAUGUGGACGGGAACCCUCACCCGCCUCGGUACCAGCGGCUGGUGCCCGGCAGGGAGGGCUGCAGGGAUGAGCAGCUGAUCCCGCAGAUGGGGGUCACUUCCUCAGGCCUGAACCAAGUGGUGAGCGAGCAGGCGGUGGAUGGUUCCAGUCCUCUGGAUACCAUGAUUCAAAGGCUCCAGCAGGAACAGGACCAAAGACUGGGAACGAACGACACCUCUGCUGCUGCAAACUCCAGGGCCAGCAGAGGAUCGGUGGGUUCGCCCACAGAGGUGCACUCUCCACCCAACGUGGGUCUGCGACGCAGCGGGCAGAUCGAGGGUGUCCGCCAGAUGCACAGUAAUGCCCCGCGCAGCCAGAUGGCCACAGAGGGAGACCUGGUGGCCUGGAGCCGCAGGGUGCUGGUCCCCGAGCUGGAGGACGCCUCUGUCGGGAGACAGGUAAACUGGCGUGAGGCUAAAGGGGAGGAGGAGAUCAAUAUUUAUCAGUCAGAAAGGAGGAGGCGUACAAUCCACUCUCUCCCCAAAGAGAGCAGGGUUCAUCCGACGUCAGAGUGUGCAGCUGACGAAGGCAGGAAGAGCCAAGGGAACCACGGCUACCACACUCGUGCUGCCAUGGAGGAGACGAGCCGCCAGAGCGCUGAGGCUGCAGAUGACGACGAAAGCACCUCAGAGGGAGAGGUGGAGGUACGGCAAAUCAACGGACAUUCCUCAGAGGACGAGAAGGAGGAGGAGGGAAAGGAGCCCUGGCCGGAUGACCACAGUAGUUCAAGCGACUACUCCAGCGAUUAUUCGGACUGGACGGCAGACGCAGGGAUCAACCUUGAACCGCCCAAGAAGAGCGUGAAAGUGAAAAAGAAAAGCAGCGGCUCCGAGGAAGAUGGAGAGAAGAAGAGGGACGGGAAGAAGGAAAGAAAGAAGGAGAAAGCCGACAAAGACGGCGCAUUACCAAAGAAGAAGAAGCCAAAGGAGAAGAGGAAGAGGACAGAGCUUCAGGAGCAAGGGCUAACUCUGGAGGAGUGGCUUCCCUCUGCCUGGAUCACGGACACGGUCCCCCGCAGAUGUCCUUACAUACCCCAGAUGGGAGACGAGGUGUACUACUUCAGACAGGGCCAUGAAGCUUAUGUGGAGAUGGCCAAACAAAAAAAGAUAUACAGCAUCAAUCCUAAGAAGCAGCCCUGGCACAAGAUGGAGCUACGGGAGCAGGAAUUGAUGAAGAUUGUUGGCAUUAAGUAUGAGGUUGGCCUGCCCACGCUGUGCUGUCUGAAGCUUUCCUUCCUGGACCCUGACACGGGCAAACUGACCGGAGGAUCUUUCUCUAUGAAAUACCACGACAUGCCUGAUGUCAUCGACUUCCUGAUACUGCGACAGCAGUUUGACAAUGCCAGAAAGCGGCAGUGGACUAUAGGUGACAGGUUUCGGUCAGUGAUUGACGACGCGUGGUGGUUUGGGACCAUUGAGAGCCAGGAGCCCUACCAGUCUCAGUAUCCUGACAGCCUGUUUCAGUGCUACAACGUCUGCUGGGAUAAUGGAGACACGGAGAAGAUGAGUCCUUGGGAUAUGGAGCCCAUCCCUGAUGAUGCCACGUUCCCCGAAGAGUUGGGGAUGAGUGUCCCGCUGAUAGAAGCAGAACAGAAGGAGCUGCUGUACGUCCCAAUGGACGGCGAAUGGGGCUGCCACACACGUGCAGAGGAGUGCGAGCGCAUCAUCAAAGCCAUCGAUCAGCUCUGCACACUCGAUGUGGCAGCACCAUUUGCCUUUCCGGUGGACCUACAAGCCUACCCCACAUACUGCACAGUCGUGGCCUACAUCACUGACCUCAGCACCAUACGCCAAAGGCUGGUGAACCGCUUCUACAGACGACUGUCCUCUCUGAUGUGGGAGGUUCGUUAUAUUGAACACAACGCCCAAACAUUCAAUGAGCCCGGAUCAUUCAUUGUCACUACCGCCAAGUUUGUCUCCGACCUCAUGCUGCAAUUCAUUAAGGACCAAAGUCUGACAGACCUCAUGCCCCUCUACAAAACUAUGAAGAAGGCUACGUUCUCUGACUCUGAAGAUGAGGACGAUGAGGAGGAGGAUGAAGAUACUAAUACUCCUGGAACAUCCACACGAAACCAUAAGGGUCGUCGACCUAUGCGGCGCCAGCUGAGAACCCGACCCCCUUCAUACGACCCUCAUGCAUGGAGGGGACGCUGUAAGGAGCUGCUGGAUCUCAUCUUUCAGUGUGAAGACUCAGAGCCCUUCAGAGAACCUGUGGACCUACAGGAAUACCCGGACUACCUGCAAAUAGUCGAUUCACCAAUGGACUUUGGCACUGUUGUCAACACACUAACAGAAGGAAAGUACCAGUCUCCCAUUGAGCUCUGCAAAGACGUCCGGCUCAUUUUCAGCAAUUCCAAAGCUUACACGCCCAGUAAAAAGUCUCGGAUCUACAGUAUGAGUCUCCGGCUCUCUGCACUGUUUGAGGAGCAUGUCAGCUCCAUCCUGGAUGACUACAAGGCCAUCCACGGCCUGACGGAUAAGCUGACCAGACAGGGCACUGACAGACAGACGCGACACACUACGGACAGACAGACACGGCACGCCAUGAAGAGGAGAAGGAGGAGGAGCGAAUCUCCAGCCAGCAGCACCGCAUCCAGUCCAGAGAGGAAGAGACGUGUGUCAUCCAGGGUGACGGGGAAAAGGGAGCCAUCGCCGGCUCCUUCGAGGCCCCCCUCUCUGAGGCAGAGCGUCCCCCCCAAACAGCCCCCUCAGCUGGUCAACGGGAAGGCAGACACGCCGGCCGCAGGGCGUACACGAAGCGCAGCACGCCAUUCUACACACACUCCACCCUCCUCAUCCUCCUCACAAAACGCAGCAAGCGGCAACACACAGAGCACAGCAGAGCCGACUCGCUCACUGAGGGCUCAUAACUCUGUGCGAGCUUCAACGCCACCGGCUCCUGAAAAGGUGACACCCUCACCAGCUGCAGAAAGUAGCACUGGAGGAAGCACCCGGAGGAAACUCAGGACUCCUGUACGACACACACCCGGCUCUCCCGCCAGCCCUCCAUCUCAGAGCACAGUUCACCUGAAUGGCCAUAGUAGUCAUGUGACCCUGGGUGUGGGGAGGAGGGGGAGAAAAUCCAAACUGGACCCGCCAGUGAGUCCUCCAGAAGCCACGACUCCGGGAAGCCCUUCCAGACCGCGAGGUCGCCCUCCUGGCAAGAAGAGAGGCAGGAAGAGCAAGCAGGAGCUGGAGGAGAUGAGAAGGAGCAGCAACCGCAGGAGCUCAACCCCUGACGAUGAACUCGACCAAUCGACAGGGGACGAAGGCGGAACGUCUUCCACGCAGGAAACAUCUGUGUUGUCGGACUCUGGCGUGGCGUCAACGCCCAGACGGCGUGGCCGGCCCCGAACGGUAAGAACUGAAGAAACCACUCCUCCUCCACCUCCACCUCCACCUCCUAAUCCUCCUCCUCCUCCUCCUGCUGAGUCACCUGAGCCCUCAUCACUAAGGAGGAGCAGCAGGAGAGCCAAUGAGGAGGUCACGCCUCCUCCCCAACCUGCCCCUCAGCGAUCCAAUCGGAAGGAGUCUGCAAAGGAGGAGGCAGGGGAUGAGGCAGGGGGCUCGAUGCGCACACGUAACCAGGGGCGUCGGUCUGCCUGGUACAUGGAGGAGGACUCUGAGGAGGAGCAGAGGCAGCUGCUGUUUGAGGACUCAUCAAUCACCUUUGGCACCUCCUCAAAGGGACGCGUCCGCAAGCUGACAGAAAAGGCCAAAGCCAACCUGAUAGGCUGGUAACAGAGACGGCAAAGCAAACACGCAGGAGGUGAGGAGGAGUCCGGCUGCUCUGACAGAGAAGAAAUUUGGCUGAGAUUUCUUAGCUCAUGCGUCGGAGGAGCAGGAGGCUGAGUUGAGGAAUUCAUGCUCAGUGUUGUAUUUUGUGCGUGUAUGUGUGUGUACGUCAGGGGAGCCGCUAGUCCAGCUGCUGCUAUUCGAAGCUGUGGCUAUGGAGAGAAACAACAGCUCAGUCCUCUGUUCACUCUUCCCUCCUCUCUGCGAUGGCUUUCUGACAACGCAUGUUCAUUCGUUCCAACUCCUCCGACAUUAUUGGUCCAUGUUGGAUCCUACAGGAGCGUAGGAACUCCUACGUUGGUGGUCUUGUGACUUUUCCUUCUGUCCAGUGAACCACUCUUCACCUCCGUCUGACCUUAAACACUGUUGGUGUCAGACAAUAGUCAAACAGAGUUUUAGUACUUGAAAAAAAAAAUCACGAAGAGAGCUGGAUGUAUCUUAUCUCACUCUUGCCAUUUUUGAGGACUUUUCCAGAGUCUCUGCCGGGUAGGGCAAAGACCUCCCGCUGAGCUGAAAUCGUUAGGUCUGUGACGGAUUACAGACCGCUGGACUGACAACAUCUUUCGCUUCCCCUUCUUCAUUGUUCCUGCUCUUUUUUUAUACGACCCCCCCCUCGUCCCCUGCUUUUUCUAAGAUUUGUACGUGAUGAUCGGCUCUCUGUUUUUUUUGGAAGUCUUACACAUUGGCUGACCUGAGCGUGUCUGUCUGCGCUAAAAUACCAAAUGGUGUACCUUUGUCGGUACUGUAGAUCUGUAGGUUUUGUUUACUGUUGAUGUGUGUGUAUGUGGGUAUUUUUGUUUGUUUUGUUCCUUUUUUGCAUGUUAAUUGGAAAGAAAAAGCUGUUUUUACUGUGAGGAGGACAAAAAGGAUGCAUGGGUGGAAGCGGUCAUUUAUUUGUCUAGAUGGAUCAUGUUUCAACGCGUCCUGAACAUUAGCAAUACCUUGUGCCUUUAUGUCUUUGGUGUGUGUCUGUGUGUGUGUGUGUGUGUGUGUGUGUGUGUGUGUGUGUGUGUGUGCGUGCACAAGCGUGUGCAUGUGUGUGUGUGUGUGUAUGUGUGUGUGUGUGUGUGUAUAAGUGUGCUUGGCCUCUGCCCUGCAAAAGUACAUGUGCCUGUAUGUGUACGAACUAAGUUGUGACUAUGCGAGCGUGUGAAAUUGAAGGAGUGUGUGUGUUUUUAUAACACAGAUGAGUGUGUCAUUCACUUUCGGCGUACAAACAGUGGCAUACAGUUUGAUCGUUGUGAAACCUCUCAAAGAAAUGUAUUUAUAGCAGUUGAAAAAAAGACUUUACUGUUGUUGUAAAACCAUUAUUCAUGUCAAUAUAUUAUCCUAUAACCAACCUAUUGUCAGUUUAUACCUAAGGUACAGCCAGUGGAGCUUUGGGUGACUAGCUUUGAGAUGCACUUACCACAGACCGGUUAUCAAUGCAGUCGUAGGGAGUUAACCCUGUGUAUUUUAAAAUUGUUACCAUAAAAAAAAAAAGAACGAACUUUUUAAAUGUUGA